AGAAUGAGCUGCUGCUCAGGCUUAUAUUGGGCAGGGAGCACGGCCUGUCACUGCCUUGGUAAAACUCCCACUGGAAUACAUUCCUCCAUUCAUUCGUUCACUGGUGAAAACUGCUGAAAGGAAAGAUAAAGGACACGGGGAAGAACCAAAGUUCAUUUCGACUAUUAUCCAUUUAUUUGCUCCUGUGGGGCAGUAUUAUUUUAGUUAGUUUUUUAUUUAUUUAUUUAUUUAUUUAUUUAUUUUUGGCUGGGGUUAACUGAAUCAACAGAAAGACAACAGUUUAUUGGCUGUCUGAAGAAAUAAAGACAAGAUGUUUCAAGAGGUGCUUUCAAACAUCUUGAAGAUCUACGACUAUAUUCUGAAAAGAACUGAUGCCAGGGUGCGAGAUUAUCCGCUGAUGCAGAAUCCCAUUGAGAUGACGUUCAUCUUGCUGGGAUACGUCAUCUUCGUUUUAUAUGUGGGACCACGAUACAUGACCAAUCGGAAACCUUUCCACCUCAACGCAGCUAUGAUUGUCUAUAAUUUCUCAAUGGUGGCCUUCAACGCAUACAUUGUUUAUGAGUUCCUGAUGUCUGGCUGGGGAACUACGUACACCUGGAGAUGUGACCUCUGUGACCCCUCCAGCAGUCCUGAAGCUCUCAGAAUGGUUCGGGCAGCCUGGUUGUUCUAUUUUUCCAAAUAUAUUGAACUUCUAGAUACGGUGUUUUUUGUAUUGAGAAAGAAGCACAGUCAGGUCACGUUCCUGCAUAUCUUUCAUCAUUCGGUCUUACCCUGGACCUGGUGGUGGGGCAUCACUCUUACUCCUGCGGGUGGCAUGGGUUCUUUUCAUGCUAUGGUGAACGCAUGUGUCCAUGUCAUCAUGUACACCUACUAUGGUCUGGCUGCUGCAGGGCCACGCUUCCAGAAGUAUCUGUGGUGGAAAAAGUACAUGACUGCAAUCCAACUGAUUCAGUUUGUGCUGUUGACUGUCCAUAUCUCUCAGUAUUACUUUAUGGAAAAGUGUGAAUACCAAGUUCCCAUCUUCAUUCAUCUCAUCUUGAUCUAUGGCAUCUUUUUCUUCGUCCUCUUCUCCAAUUUCUGGAUCCAGGCCUACAUAAAGGGAAAGCGACUACCUGCUUCCACUGAGGACAAACCCAAACAGAACGGCAUUACCACUGUAAUUGAGCCAGUGGUAGUGGCCAAUGGCAAACACUUGGAAAAUGGCACUGUGCAAUACACUAAUGGAUUUGCCCACAAUGGGAAAGUGAAGGAGGUCUAAAUGGGCCAAUCAGAAACAUUAGAGACAUUGUUGUUAGAUAAUUUUUGUCAAAUUAACAUUUUUUAGGAUUGCAUGGGAGAUGAAAAGGCACAUUGGAUCUGGCAGUGGGUCCCCCUUUCCUGUUAUUUAUAGAUGUUGGAGGUGGGGCGGGGGGCACUAUGCAUGAAGAGAAUUCGUCCACCUAAAUCGUUGACGUCACUCUGAAACCUGACAUCAUGUGUCUGUGGUUAAAUCCACUUGACCUUAGCUUUUUAUUUCCUGGCAUAUGAGUCUCCCAGUUGUUUGCACACUGUACAGUUUUCACAAACCUAACCCACACUUGACUGUAAAUAAAUAUUUUCUCACAGUUUAUUGGAAAUGUAUGAGUUUUUUUUUUAAGAGCUUGUUUCUUACUUAUCAGUUGAUAAAUGCUUUUUAUAAUAAACUGUAUUUUUUGUUUUA